AAUUAUUCAGUUAACAGUUGUGGGUUGGUUGAGACAUACACACCCCGGCCAAAGUUGAGUUGAGUGCGCCUGUCUAGGAGUUAUAACAAAAAAAAGUGCAAAAUGAAAUCCAUGCUUAUUUUUGGCCUAUUGGCUGUGUUCGUGUUGGCUGCCAACGCCAGCGAGGAGGCCAAGAAAGUUGAGGUUGCCGCUGAGAGCGCGACAGCCGAGAAGAAGCAGGAGAAGCGCGGCAUCGGCCAUUUGGGCUACGGCUAUGGUCCAUCAUCGAUCGGUGGUGGUGCCAUUCUGAGCACUGGACACGCUGCCAUCGCUGCCCCAGUUGCUGUGGCUGCCCCCGCUGUCGCCCAUCUGCCCACUCAGGUGCACACCAACACCGUGAUCAAGACCGUCCAGGUGCCCUACCAGGUGGAGCGUCAUGUGCCCUACCCAGUUGAGAAGACUGUCACCUACCCAGUUAAGGUGCCAGUGCCACAGCCCUACCCAGUCGAGAAGAUCGUCCACUACCAGGUGAAGGAGAUCGUCAAGGUGCCCGUCGAAGUGCCCCAGCCCUACCCAGUCGAGAAGAUCGUCAAGGUCCCAGUCAAGAUCCCAGUCGAUCGUCCAUACACCGUCCAUGUGCCCAAGCCAUACCCCGUGCCCGUUGAGAAGCCAGUGCCCUACACCGUCGAGAAGCGUGUGAUCCAGAAGGUCCCCAUCCAUGUGGAUCGUCCAGUCCCCUAUGAGGUGAAAGUGCCCGUUCCCGUGCACGUUGAGAGCCACGUGAAGCCCGCUGUUGCCAUCACCCACACCGUUGCCGCCGCCCCAGCUGUCUACAGCCACGGCAUCUCUGGUCAUGGUAUCUCCGGUCAUGGCAUCUCUGGCCCCGGUAUCUCAUACGGCAGCACUGGUCACGGUAUCUCUGGCCAUGGCAUCUCCUCGUACGGCAUCUCCAGCCACGGCGGUUACCUCCACAAAAAGUAGAUCAAUUUAACGCACACACACAAUCGAGGGCCAUCUACAAUGAAAUCGGGUGAAGGCGAGCACAACAACAUCCUCUCGAAAUUAUCCACUUCAAAAGAAAACAAGCGAAGCCAAACUGGAACACAACCCUAACCCGAAUCCGCACCCUCAAUGUACGACUUACAAUUUAGUUUUUAGUUUGUGAUACCAACCGAAAUUCUAGGAGGAAGCAACAAUCGAGCGACAAAUUCCGACAAGGGAUUCCGUCUAGACGGAACCCUCUGGAAGCUUGCCAACAAUCCCAAAAUCGCAUUCGUUUGUUAUGCUUAUGUGUAUUAUAUCACUCGCCCUCUUAUGUACAGUUCUUUCUAGACAGAAAAACAAAAAUUAGUUGCUCCUUCGACUUUUUCAUGUCAAUUUCUAUUCUAUGAAAUUUUUGUACAUAUUUAAUAAUGUAAAUAAAAAGAAAAUUAAUGAAAA